AGAAGAAAACACGCGAAAAUGAAGCCAAACGACUCCAAUCGAACAGUUUAACAAUUCACAUUAUUGAUAAACAUGUUUUGACCGAAAAUAUAGACUUUUCUCGGGUUAAAACCCACCGAUACGUGUUUCUUCCGACGCGUUUACGUCACUGCACGCUUCAUCGAAGCGUCACGACGCACAGUAGGUGGUUUCCUGCUUCUAGUCGGGUGAAAACAUAACAGGUCAUCCGGCAUUAUGAGUCAGCGGACAGAGCGCCGGGGCAUACACGUGGACCAAUCAGACCUGCUGUGCAAAAAGGGAUGUGGUUACUAUGGGAACGCAGCGUGGCAGGGGCUGUGCUCCAAGUGCUGGCGGGAGGAGUACCAGCGGGUGCGGCAGAAGCAGAUCCAGGACGACUGGGCCUUGGCAGAAAAGUUGCAGAGAGAAGAGGAGGAGGCGUAUGCCAGCAGUCACGCCGUCCACUCCCAGUCCGCUCCAGGACACGCCUCCCUCACCCCCUUCUCCAAGUUUGAGGAGAAGAAAACCAACGAGAAAACUCGAAAAGUGACGACCGUGAAGAAGUUCUUCAGCCCUUCGUCACGAACUGCCUCCAAGAAAGAAACACAGGAGGGAAAGACACCAAGUCCAUCGAUCAGCCGCCACGCAAGCUUUGAUACAGACCAGGUGUCUAAAGACUUUGUGGAGUUCUUGAAAAACCUUUAUAAACCCGGCCGGGAGAUCCACAAGCAAUGCCGGGCCUUUCUUGUGAGCAUGUCAAACAAGAAGGACCUGGGUGCAGACGAGCUGUCAGAGUGCGUUCAGGAUUUCUACCAGAGCUUGGCCGACCGCUUGAUUAGUCACUUUAAAGGCUCCUCUGAAUCGGUGGAGCAGGUGAUGGACCAGGUGGAGAAGUACAUCAUGACCCGGCUUUAUAAGAGUGUCUUCUGUCCAGAAACAACGGAUGAUGAGAAGAAGGAUCUGGCCACACAGAACAGAAUAAGGGCUUUGCACUGGGUGACCAUCCAGAUGCUGUGUGUGUCCAUGGAUGAAGAAAUCCCCGAAGUCUCUGAGAAUGUGGUCAAAGCCAUAACAGACGUCAUUGAGAUGGACUCUAAGAGGGUUCCCCGGGAUAAGCUUGCCUGCAUCACACGCUGCAGUAAACACAUCUUCAGUGCCAUCAGGAUCACUAAAAAUGAGCCGGCCUCCGCCGACGACUUUCUCCCUGCACUCAUUUACAUCGUGCUGAAGGCUAACCCUCCACGGCUACAGUCCAACAUCCAAUACAUUACACGAUUCUGCAACCCCAGCAGGCUGAUGACCGGAGAGGACGGAUACUACUUUACCAACCUGUGCUGUGCAGUGGCCUUUAUCGAGAAGCUAGACGCUCAGUCUCUCAAUCUUUCCCCAGAGGAGUUUGAGCGCUACAUGUCGGGUCAAGCUUCGCCCAGAUUUAGCAGCUCAGAGGGGACGUGGCCCGACGGUUCUCAGGGAGUCGGCACGGCCGUCACCAACCCCGUUCUGGCCCAGCUUAACACCAAUCUGGAACUGCUGUCGGGUCUCUGCAGCCGACAGGAGGCUGUGAUGGAGGCAGCCCAGAGCCUCCAGAGCGAAUUCCUCUCCUGGACUCAGAGUGUUCAGCGGGAGGUGAACGACAUCCUGGAGAAAUAUCCUCUGGAGAUUAAGUCCUCCAAGGUUUCCGCCAUUGAUGCCAACAAUGUUGACAAUGAAAACCUGCCGUCGCCCAUUAAACCUCAGGUGUUUGCUGGUUAGAGUUUGCAGAGGAUGGAGUAACAUUUCAUAUUCUUCUUAGCUCAUCUUACUAAGAUUUUAGCUCUGUCGGCACCUAAGAAGCCAGCUCACACCAAUCCUUUCCAUUUUACUUGGACCUAAAAACAGGCUUAGUGGUUGUAUCAUCCAGGUUUAGAUUUUCAUGUCAUUUUUCAGUUUAGCAGUUUGAUCAAUAUAUUUAAACGCAAAAUACAGUGAUUCCAUAACAUAAAAAAGCUUCAGUAAUGCACUCUGGCUCAUUCAUCCAUUAGUAUGUGAGUUUAAACUCUAAAACUGAUGCUAAACGUUUGUUUUUAGUGGUUUUUCUAAGCUUUUAAAAAUUACUAUGGGACAAAUAUAUAGUGUUAUUGAAAUGAAACUUGAUAUAAGAAGUUGAACCAAGCAGCUUAAGCAGAGGCUACUUAGUAACAAAGAAAUACAAGUUAGUUAGUUAGUUAGUUAGUGUUGAUAAUGUCAAAAACAAUCGCAUUAACAUUGAGUUUUAAUGACACUCUAUUUGCUCCCUUUCUGUCUUUUUGUUUUUUAAAGUGGCAUCCUAUGGCAUCGUAGACACCAUUUCUAUUUUUAGAUUAGUAUUAUCUAAUCAAAAAUAUACUUUUAACACUGUGUUAAAGUUCUGUAAAGCUAUCAGGAUGGCCUCUGUAAUGAUUAUUGCUCCACAGGCUCCUACGCAAGACUGUAAGGUUUGGAAAAAUCUGACAUUUGAUUUGAAUAUUUUCUAGCUUAGAUUGAGUGUGGAAAAAGAGAUUUGAUGCGAGGAAAACUGUAUUUCCUUAUUCUAUCCUUUUUUAAUAGAGUAUGCCAAAUUGCUACUCUUACCAUCAGGACAGCUGUUUUCAGAUUUUUAUUUUAUCAACCCUACUAUUUACAUAUUUAAAGCCUGGGAAUUGUAAAAGCAUUCAGGGUGGAAAUCACCAAAUUCUGAGUCUGGAAAAAUACGAAUUUAUGGAAUGAAAAAUCAUCAGGAUCCCUGGUUAAUGGUACUGUACCAACACCUGCUGUUUAAACAAAGCAGGCGAAAAGAGCUCCUGAAAACACCCACGUUUGUGUUUGCAUGUCUUUAUCUGAGGCUAGUUUGACUUUUGAAAAACACAAACAUGAUCUCCUUUCUCAUUUAAGAGAGUAGCAGCUGCAACAGGUCACAUAAAAAGCAGAAGCACUCCAUUACUGUUAGUGUCAACGUUUCGUUUUAGUUCAUGUAAUGUUCAGUGAUAUAUAUAUAUAAAUAUAUAUAUGUGUAUAU